AUGUUUAUCUCAGGAAGAAUCAUUUGUGUGGUAUCGAUGGUACAACAUCUUCGAGAAGAAUUACUUGUAAUACAGUUAGCCGAGAGUCUGCAGCAAGGAGAAAUCAUAAUGCUUACUAUUUCUGACUUUCAGAAUCUUCGUUUUUAUGAGGGUGUUGUAAUGCAAAAUCCUCAUCGCUGGGAAAGCAAACGGCCCUGGUCAGUUGUCACUUUCUUCCAGUUACGAAAAGCCAGAACCAUUUUCCCGUGCAUUGAUAUGCCAAUGUUUAAAGCCUCUAUGAAUCUUUGCAUCAAGCAUUUAAAGAACACUUACGCAAGGUCGAACACUCAGAUCGAAAGCCAGAGUGAGACUGGGGAAUUUUUUGAAACGUGCUUCCAACGAACUCCAAAAAUGAGCACGUACCUGUAUGCAUUCGCAGUUUAUGAUCAGAUGCAUUCAAUUGAAGUAUCGAAAGAUGAAAAAAACAUGCUUCCUGAGAUUGAAAUAAUUUUCUCUGAACAAAUGGGUAAAGAGGCUCCUAACUGGAUGAAAACAGAAACCGUCCGGGCAUUGAAUUUUAUGAAGAAUUUCACUGGUUAUGCCUAUCCACUCAGUAAGCUCACUCUGUUCUCUGCUUCUUUGCCAGUGCAAGGAAUGGAGAAUUUUGGAUUAAUAUUGCUUAAUGAACAGUGGGUGGCUUAUCCAAUGUACCCAGUGGCGCAUACUAUCCUAGCCCACGAAAUUGUGCAUCAGUGGGUAGGGAACAUCGUCACUAUUGACGGCUGGGAAGACCUAUGCCUACAGGAGGGAUUAGAUACAUAUAUUGGGUAUGUGAUAACAGAGGGCCUUUCCAAAGGACCGAAUAAACUAAAAGAAUUGCAAGAAAAGCGUCUUCAAGCAAUUGAAAGCGAAAGCAGAACUAGGACCCCAAUUAUUGGAGAAUUCCAAACUUACGAAGACGUCAGCGCUUUACGGUGUUUUGACAAACCAGUAUUAUUCUUUGAAAUGUUAGCUGACGGUUUUGGUCCCGAUGUUGUCGCCAAAUUCACUAGAUCUUUGAUAAAAGGAUAUGCAUUUAAAAAUGUUAAGUUUAGCGUCUGGCAACAGUUACUUAGUGAAGCUGCCGGAACUGAAAUUGCAGGUAAGUUCUUAAAAGAAUACUUUACUCGCCCAGGGAUACCGAUACUACGGGCCCGAUAUAAAGAUGAUAAGAUAACGGUGCAACAGACAGUUGCGGUGGAAGCCAGAGAAAAAAAUGUAAACAAUACCGUUCUCACUGAAAGUCCUUUUGUGAUUCCAAUUACUGCUUCACAUGGUCCUUACAAUCCGCACAGUGUUUUGCUGAUUAAUGACACCGAGCAAUCGUUCCCAAUUAACGACUCGCAGUUGAUGAUUCUAGAUCCGGAUUCCAAAACCUAUGCAAUUAUAAUAUAUGAGGCUGAAAUGUAUGCGAGACUGCUUCACUGUGCCGUUAAAGAUUCCUGCAAGGACAUCGAUAAAGAAAGGAUGGGCCAUAUAUUGAAAGACUUUUGCUGGGCUUUGUUAAAUGAUUAUCUCCCGGUCUCAAACUCGGGGCCCAAUUCCAUAAAACUCUGGAAGGAAAUCACAAGGCUAAUAUCGUCGGCAAACUUGGUGCAGGGGACUUGUGCAUGUUGCAUGGAUAAGAAAAUUCAAAAAUCAGGAGAAGUAUUUUGUAAGUGGCACUGGAAAGAUCGAUGUGAAGGCAUUCAGCUAGCUAAAGAACUUCAAAAAGCUGCUUGA